AAAAAGUCAUCAUCUUCAUCCUCUGAUUCCGAUCCUUGUCAAGAAACUCAUCAACAAUCCCAUUUCUAAUAAAGAAAAAACAAAUUAAUAUCAGCAUUUCCAUUUUCAUUUCAACAUUAAAUGGUGCCAGCAAACAUGGAAAAACAUCAUCAAACAAAUCAAACGUUUCUUGCUUGCUUCACGUGCCACCUUCCCUAUAUAAUAAACCCAAUCUCCCUCUUCACUUCAGAAAUCAGAACCCAAUCAAUCACUCACUCAUGGCUGCGAUGAUGCUCAAGAGAACCAUCUCAUUCGCAACCUCCAAGGUUACUCACUCCCAUUUCCGUGCAUGCAGCAGCUUUUCCUCCUCCGCCGCCACCGCCGGAAACCCCGCUCCGGCGCCGCCGCAGCUGCCGCCGUUUGACUACCAACCGCGUCCGUAUAAUGGGCCACUCGUCGAUGAAGUCCUCGCCAAGCGGCAAAAGUUUCUCGGUCCCUCCCUGUUCUACUAUUAUCAGAAGCCUCUGAAUCUUGUGGAGGGGAAGAUGCAAUUUCUUUAUGAUGAUACUGGGAGGCGUUACCUUGAUGCUUUUGCUGGGAUAGUUACUGUUUCAUGUGGACAUUGCCAUCCUGAAGUUGUGAAUGCUAUCAUAGAGCAGAGUAAACUUUUGCAGCAUACUACAACCAUUUACCUGAACCAUGCUAUUGGUGAUUUUGCUGAAGAAUUGGCAUCUAAAAUGCCUGGAAACCUUAAGGUUGUUUACUUUGUAAAUUCUGGUUCAGAAGCAAAUGAGUUAGCAAUGCUUAUGGCUCGAUUAUAUACUGGUAAUCUUGGUAUGAUUUCUUUAAGGAAUGCAUAUCAUGGUGGGAGUUCAGGUACCAUUGGCCUGACUGCUUUGAACACAUGGAAAUACCCAAUACCAGAGGGAGAAAUUCAACAUGUUAUUAAUCCAGAUCCAUACCGUGGAGUCUUUGGUGCAGAUGCUAAUAGUUAUGCCAGAGAGGUCCAAGAUCAUAUUGAUUAUGGAACUUCAGGAAAAGUUGCUGGAUUUAUAGCUGAAACAAUUCAGGGAGUUGGAGGAGCAGUGGAACUGGCACCUGGGUACUUGAAACUUGUUUAUGAUAUUGUACACAAGGCUGGUGGUGUCACCAUUGCAGAUGAAGUACAAACUGCGUUUGGCCGCACAGGAAGCCAUUAUUGGGGAUUUGAGACACAGGGUGUCAUUCCUGAUAUAGUUACAAUGGCAAAGGGUAUUGGCAAUGGUUUGCCGAUGGGAGCUGUAGUUACAACUCCAGAAAUAGCAAGUGUGAUGGCCCAGAAGGUUCAGUUGAACACAUUUGGUGGGAAUCCUGUAUGUUCUGCCGGAGGGCUCGCAGUGCUGAGGGUUCUUGAUAAGGAGAAGUGCCAGGCUCAUUGCGCUGAUGUUGGUUCUCACAUGCUCGAGCGUUUGAGAUCACUUCAGCAAAGAUAUGAUAUCAUUGGUGAUGUGAGAGGAAGAGGCUUGAUGGUCGGGGUAGAGUUUGUAACUGAUCAAAAGGAGAAGACUCCUGCAAAGGCUGAAACUAAUGUUUUGCAUGAAAAACUUAGAGAGCUCGGUGUCCUGGUUGGGAAAGGAGGAAUGCAUGGAAAUGUUUUCAGGAUUAAGCCACCAAUGUGUUUCACCAAAGAUGAUGCAGAUUUUCUUGUGGAUGCUUUGGACUAUUCUUUAUCAAAGUUGUGAGAUGACUCUUCAAAAUGGGGGCAAGUUGCUGCUGUAACAGCUCUUACAAGUUAUAUAUUUCAGUUUCACAUAUGUUGGAUAAUGAAAUGUUCACCCAAGGGGGUUUUCCUUUCUGAUUUGGAUAUUUUAAGUUGACCUUGGAUUCGUGUGAACAAAAUUGCGUGUUUCAUGGCAUUAAAGAGUUUGCAUUCA